AUGAUCGAAUAUUGGAAGUGUUUUUUUUAUGAAUGUGAUUAUUAUAUAAGGCAAAAGUUUACUCAUAUGAACUACCAGAUUGGUUGUUAUGCUUUAUUUACAUGUAAAGAUAACAUUACCACUUUGCGUAAUUCAACAUUGAAUGUAACACAAAUUGUCAAUCCGGUGAAAUCAGUUUCACUCCAUUUCUGUCGAUCGGCAAGGAAGAUAAAUGACAGCGAUCCUAAUUCAACAAUACCAUUGGGAAAUAGAAGUUUACUUUUUCAUCAUAUUCCAAUUGGACACUUAAUUCCAAAACAUCAUGAGUUGAAGGCUAUAUCAAUUAAUUUUGAUGCCAAAUGUUUGCCUAAAGGUAUUCCAUAUGGAAAGGAAAUCAAAGUUUCUAAAGCACCUCAACAGCUAAAUGCCAGUAAUGUGACAAAUGGACUGUCAAACAGUACAGUUACGGAAGGUCAACAUGAAAAGGUUGAAUCCCAUCAAUCAGGAAAUACUGAAGUUAGCAGAAAAACUGUGUACAAUACACAGGAGUGUGAAGAUAGGGAUCUGUGA